UGCUUAGUAGUGUGACCAGAAGUGAGGACCAUAAGAAAUACCGCGUCCGCUGGUUUGGAGCCCUCCGCCAGGAUCAGUUAACUUUGCGCCAUGGUUUCUGGACAACUGCACUCCACCGUUUUUGGGCCAUGUGGCGUCGAGGAGCAAUCCCUGACCGAGAUUUCUGGGCCUCCAAACAGCGGGAAGAGCCAAGUCCUGCAACAACUAAUGGCUCAUUGCUUGGCACCCUAUGAAUAUGGUGGCCGACAGAUGUCCAUCAUUCUCAUCAACCUUAGCCACAAGAUCACCAAGGAGUCGCUUGGAAAAGCUGUCUUGGCCGAGCUCAGGUCCCACUCCAAGGCGGCAGAGGAUGCUGAGGAACCAUCUUCAGAAUCGAAGUUGAUAGAGAUUUCGAAGAGGUGUGUGAGCCGGGUAAAGAUCCUAGACUGCUUUUCCAACGAUGACGUGAGGAGUAGUCUGCGGAAAGUAAAGUACAUGGUGGCUUCCGACUCGACUGUGGAACUAAUUGCCUUGGAUACCCUCAGCGAGUUCUUUUGGCUGGACCACCCCAGCCGGAAGCAGUUUUUGUCCAAGUAUGGAUUUUACCAGCAAUGGCUUGGGACCCUGAGGAAUCUCUGUAGGAGGUGCUUGGUUAGUGCAAUGUUCACCGUAGACUACAGAUUCCUGAUCAACCAGCAUGGCGAGCGCUUCCCGCCGACUAAAGUCACCGAGGUUAAGAUGGAAAACAGAAAAGGUGGUUUCACUUUGAAUGGACUUCCCGUUUAUUUCAAAAACGGGAUUAAAGUGGAGCAAUAAAAAAU